CUUCCAAGGACCCCCCUAACCUCCACUCACAUGGGCAUAAGCUACAGCAUAGGGAUCUGAUGCAGAGAGGGACUAAACAUGUUGCCCCAGGGACCUGGACUCACCAGCUAAAGAGCAGAGCAUGUGGGCAUGCAUUGGGGUGAGCAUGCACCAGUAGGAUGUGCAUGGGCGUGCACUGGGAUGAACAUACACCAGUUUGUAUGCUCUGAUGUCAUCCUUCCCAAUGCCUCCCUCACCCCUGGAAGACCGCCUCUCCGUCCUCCAGCGCCCCAAGACCUUGGCUUUGCGCCUCAAUCACAGCUUCCCUGCCGACAAGCAGCUCCUGUCACCCCGGGCACGGAGACCCCCGAGCCACCCACUCCCUAAGGACCGAAUCGGGGCUGCCCCACUCUAUCAGGAGCCCCAGGCCUGCCUCCCACCCCCUCACUCCCACACCAUCGACAUCAAGUUGACGGUGGGGGCCGUGCAGAGCCGGGCACGGGAGCACAACCUCUCCCUGCAGCUUGACCUCCACCAGGGCGGCAGCAGGUCCUGCGGGGGGCCGGAGCUCAAGGUGCUGCUGCCUCAAGCCAAGCUUAAGAAGCGCUGCUUUAAGGAAAACUCGCGGCCAGCCAGGAGGGACCCCCCGUCACCCGCUUCCUCCUGCCUCUCCAGCCCCGGAGCAGGCACCAUGCACCCCCUGAAAGGUGGCUGCCGGGGCUGCUGGCGCUUGAUGCGCUGUGAUGACACCAGCCCCAAGCCAGGGCUGCGCUCCCUGGGGUGCCUGUCAUGCCGCUCCAGUCUGGCUUCCCUCAGCUGCUCCCCGCCCUCGGUCAAGAAGCUGGGGUGCUUGCCCUGCACCCCGUCAGCCCUCAAGUCCCUGGCCUGCCUGGCAUGCAACCCCUCAGUUAAGUCGGUCAGCUCCUCCUGCAGCUUCUGCAGCAGUGACCCCAUCGUAGCCUACGACCCCCAAGCCAGGAGCUCACCCUCCUCCAGCUAUGACGAGGAUGACUACAGCGUGCGCACCAUCUGGCCUGAAGAGCUGGCCAAGAAGAUGAGCCAUUCCCGCACCCAGCAGCAGGGGGCGCCGCUGAUCCUGGAUUGCCGCAACCUGAUGCAGUACACCAAGAGCCAGCUGCAGGGCACCAUGCACUUCAGUGUCUCGGAUGCGGCCGGCAGGCGGCACCUCCAGCAGGGCAAACUGGCCAUGCUGGACUUCAUGGCCUCCAAGGACCCCCACGACUCCCUGCAGCGCCUCUGGCCCAAGGAGCAGCAGAACGGCUGCUGUGCUGCAGUGGGCGAGCCCCCUGCCCCUCCGGCCCCUCCCGAGCCCCCCAAAACCCUGCCCGCCCAGAACCUCCACCUGGUGCUGGACUCGCUCAGUAAGGAGGUGGAGAGCAGGAGAGGGAGUGUGGCAGUGCCGCCGUCAGAGUCGCUAGAGGAAGCUGUGGGGGUCCUGGAGGGAGUGGAUGGGGACCCUGGGGGGCCACCCCUCACCCCUGACCUGGAGAGCGCCGAGCUGAGCCCCAUCCUGCCCUUCCUGUUCCUGGGCAAUGAGCGCGACGCGCAGGACCUGGAGCGGAUGCUGAGCCUCAACGUGGGCCAUGUGCUGAACGUCACCACGCAUCUGCCCCUCUACCACGCCCAGAGUGGGCACCUGCACUACAAGCGCCUGCCUGCCACCGACAACAGCCGCCAGGACCUGCGCCAGUACUUCGAGGAGGCCUUCGAGUUCAUUGAGGAGGCACACGAGCGGGGUAAGGGUGUGCUGAUCCACUGCCAGGCAGGUGUCUCGCGCUCAGCCACCAUCGUCAUCGCCUACCUGAUGAAGCACACGCUGAUGACCAUGAGCGACGCCUACAAGUACGUCAAAGGCAAACGCCCCAUCAUCUCACCCAACCUCAACUUCAUGGGGCAGCUGCUGGAGUUCGAGAUGGAUCUCAACGCAGGGGUCACACCCCGCAUCCUCACCCCCAAGCUCAAGCUCACUGGAGUGGAGACCGAGGUGUGAGGGGGGCCUGGGCUGGGCCAGGCCACCCAUCUCAGGGCGGGGAGGGGAGGGGAGCGUGUGCAAUAACUGGACGGAUGGACGGGCUUCCAACAGGCCAGGCCUGGGGGCCAGAUACCAGGGCAUCAAUGCCCAUUCUGCCCACUUGUGCCCCCAGGUGCCCAUUGAUAGAGGGCUGAGGAGAGGGGCCAGUUUUUACCCCAAGACCAAUCUCUGCGUGUGUGUGCAGUGGAGAGGGCUGUUGCCUGCUAUUUAUUGGUUGUGUGUGUGUGUAUUUUGGGGGUCCCUGUGGCCUGUUGUUCCCUUGGCCUCUCCGCUCUGGGUGCUGCUUUGCUGAAGUCUGCUGCGGAGAAGGGGGUGUGGGGGGGCGCUAUAGGGAUUUGGGAGGAACACAGGCCAACCCCCCGCCACGCAACAACAAAAAG